AUUGGAUUUUUGAGAGCAAGAAAAGACAAAUUUACCAUAAAACCUGCAGCUACUUAAAGCGCACAUUUCUACUUUUGGCGUCGAAUCUGCGAAUGUGCGACGCAAGUUAGGUGUUCCUGAGUCUUGUUUUGGUUGACGAAUGUUGCAUGACUCUGAAGGAUGGCGAUCCCUAUAGCUAUCUUAGACUGUGAUCUACUCUUACAUGGUCGAGGACACAAGACGCUGGACCGCUUUGACUUGGACUCUGUCUCAGACAACUUCCUCCUCACACAAUUUGGUUUCCCCAGAGAGUUUAUCCUGUAUCUGGUGGAAUUACUCAGAGAGGCCCUCUGUAGACGUACCCAGCGGUCCAGAGCCAUCAGUCCUGAGGUCCAGGUGUUGGCUGCUUUGGGUUUUUACACAUCUGGCUCAUUCCAGACAUCUAUGGGAGACACUAUAGGCAUCAGCCAGGCGUCAAUGUCAAGAUGUGUGUCCAAUGUUACCAGAGCCCUGGUGGAGAAAGCACCCCAGUUCAUCACGUUCAACAGAGAUCCUGCAAGCAGAGAGCAGUCCUUCCAGGAGUUUCAGAGAGUGGCAGGGUUCCCAGGGGUUCUGGGGGUGCUGGACUGUGUUCAGGUCACGAUCAAAGCUCCGAACAGCGAAGACUCGUCGUACGUGAACAAGAAGGGUUUUCACUCUGUGGGCUGUCAGCUGGUCUGUGAUGCCAGAGGAUUGUUGCUCAGCGCGGAAACCCACUGGCCGGGUGGACUGAAAGACACUACUAUUCUAGAGAGAUCUGCACUCCACAAACAGCUGCAGGAUGCUGAGGAGGGCUGGCUGCUGGGCGACCGUCGUUACCCUCUUAGGAAGUGGCUAAUGACCCCGGUCGACUGCCCAGAAUCCCCUGCGGAGUUUCGAUAUAACCUAGCCCACACUGCUACACAUGAGAUAGUGGACAGAACCUUCAGAGCCAUCCAGACCAGAUUCAGAUGUUUGGACGGCACCAAAGGAUAUUUACAGUAUUCUCCAGAGAGGAGCUCGUCCAUCCUGCUGGCCUGCUGCGUUCUGCACAACGCCUCCCUGCAGUCCGGAUUAGACGCCUGGACUCUGGAGAGAACAGACCCCCCCGAGCAGCCCGACAGCCUCGAGCAGAGACCCGAGGAGCGGGACAGCCAGGCGGAGGAGCUCCGGAAGCAGCUCAUACUCAAACACUUCAGCUGCUGAUCCGCUGAAGACCAAAUAAAAAAAACUUGAACUAGA